AUGGCCAAUCAAAAUUCAAAUGACACAUUUGAGUUGUAUGAUUUACGAGUCGAAGUCGUUUGUCCCCCAGGAGAACGAAUCUUGUGCGGUGCUCAGCCGGGUGACCACUUCAUCCUAGAGGGUGAAAUGUUGCGCUUGCCAACGGGCCAAGGCUUCUCGAUUUAUAGUCUUGCCUCCGUUCUGCCGCUUCUUGCCGCAAAGCAAUGGGUCACACAUCAGCAUGACUGGAUGACGUCAGACUCUCUGAUCGCAUGCCCAGAUCCUAAUUGCAAAUCACAGCUUAAGAUCAUACGCACCGGGAUCAGGACAUUCAGUCACGCAGACACAACAGUUGUGCCGCUAGAAGGCAACCAUUAA